AUGGUGCAAACACGCUCGACGGCCAUUGCCGUCGAACCGACGUCGACACCCAGCAAGAAGCGUGCGAACGACAGCGCCAAUGGCCAUGGCGACAGCAACGGCAACGGCAACGGCAACGGCACCCAACUCGGCGAUGAGAAUGGCAGCCUGAAGAACCCGGCGAAACGGCAGCGUCUGCCCGAGCGGACGGACCCGUUGCGAUGGCGGCUGCGCGACGACGCGGGCUUGCAGACGUGGCACUACCUGGACGACGACGCCGAGGCAAAGGAGUGGCCGCAGAGUCUUGCCGACAAGUACUUUUUGGGACUGUCCCUGGACCUCCCCGAUCUGUCGAAGCCGACGACCCCGACCGAGUCCGUCCAGAACGGCCUCUCCUUCUUCGAGAAGCUGCAGCUGCCGCCAGGCAAUUGGGCGUGCGAAUACGGCGGGCCCAUGUUCCUGCUGCCGGGCAUUGUCAUUUCCUGGUACGUGACCAAGACACCCAUCUCGCUGGCCUACGCGACCGAGAUCAAGAACUACGUGUUUGCACGUGCCAACCCGGACGACGGCGGCUGGGGCCUGCACAUUGAGGGCGAGAGCACCGUGCUCGGCACCUCGCUCAACUACAUCGUGCUGCGCAUCGUGGGCGUCGACGCCGACGAGCCGCGCAUGGUCAAGGCGCGCGCGACGCUGCACCGCCUGGGCAGCGGCACGCACGGCCCGCACUGGGCCAAGGUGUGGAUGUCCGUGCUGGGCGUGGCCGACUGGCGCAUCGUGAACCCCGUGCCGCCCGAGCUGUGGCUGCUGCCCGACUGGGUGCCCAUUGCGCCGUGGCGCUGGUGGAUCCACAUGCGGCAGGUGUUUCUGCCCAUGUCGUACAUGUACUCCAAGCGGUGGGUCUGCGAGGAGACGGAGCUUGUGCGCGCGCUGCGCCAGGAGCUGUACACCGAAGACUAUGCGCACAUCGACUGGGCGCGCCACCGCAACUCGAUUGCGCCCACGGACAACUACCACCCCAAGUCGGGGCUGCUCAGCGCGGUCAACUGGGCCCUGGUGCACGUGUGGAACCCCUACCUGCGGCCCAACUUUGUCAAGAGGCGCGCCGAGCAGUGGGUCAGCGACCUCAUCGACAUGGAGGACGAGAACACCGACUAUGCGAAUCUCGCCCCGGUUAAUAGCCCCAUGAACCUGGUGUGUUGCUACAUCCGCGACGGGCCCGACGCCUACUCGGUGCGCCGCCACCGCGAGCGCAUGCGCGAGUUCCUGUGGGUCAAGAGCGAGGGCCUGCUGUGCAACGGCACCAACGGCGUGCAGUGCUGGGACACGGCCUUUGCGAUCCAGGCCGUCAUGGACGCCGGCCUGGAGACGGACCCGCGCUGGCGCCCGAUGCUGCUGUCGGCGCUGGCGUUUCUCGACGACCAACAGAUCCGCGAGGAGGUGCCGCACAAGGACCGCGGGUACCGGCAGCGCCGCAAGGGCGCCUGGGCAUUUAGUAAUAAGACCCAGGGCUACGCCGUCAGUGACUGCAUCUCGGAGGCGCUCAAGUCGGUCAUCCUGCUGCAAAAGACGCCCGGCUUCCCGCAGCGCAUUGACGACCAGCGCAUCUUCGACGCGGUCGACACGGUGCUGACGUUCCAGAGCCCCUCGGGCGGCUGUGCGUCGUACGAGCCGCCGCGGGCCGGCGAGUGGAUGGAGAUGCUGAAUGCCGCCGAGGUGUUUGGCCGCAUCAUGGUCGAGUACGACUACCCCGAGUGCACGACGGCGGUCGUGACGGCGCUGUCGCUGUUCCACAAGCACUGGCCCGCGUACCGCGCCGAGGAGAUCACCACGUUCAUCCAGCUGUCCGUCGGCUGGAUCAAGACGGCCCAGCGGCCGGACGGCAGCUGGUACGGCAGCUGGGGCAUCUGCUUCACCUACGCGACCAUGUUUGCCCUCGAGAGCCUGCACGCGGUGGGCGAGACGUGCGCCAACAGCGAGCACGCGCGCAAGGCCUGCGCGUUCCUGCUGUCCAAGCAGCGCGCCGACGGCGGCUGGUCCGAGAGCUACAAGGCCUGCGAGCGCAUGGAGUACAUUGAGCACCCGUCCGGGUCGCUCGUCGUGCAGACGGCGUGGGCCGUCAUUGGCCUGCUCAAGGCCGACUACCCGGACGUGGCGCCGAUCCGCAAGGCGAUUGGCCUCAUCAUGGCGCGGCAGCAGAGCAACGGCGAGUGGCUGCAGGAGGCGAUUGAGGGCGUGUUCAACAAGAGCUGCAUGAUCUCGUACCCCAACUACAAGUUUGUCUUUCCCAUGAAGGCGCUGGGCCAGUUCCACCACAAGUACCCCAACGAGCGGAUCGUGGCAUAA